AUGUAUCUCGCUGGCACACUGGCAAUUAGUCCAUACAUUAGAGUGCCAAACAACGUCGUGUAUGUUUACAACAAAACUGCGAAAAUAGAAUGUGAAGUGCAAGCGUGGCCAGAACCUGUUCUUGCAUGGCAGAGCAACGACAUUACCCUAGAAGGUCCACGUUAUAGGACUGAGGUGGCAACUACCGGUGAUCCGUGGCGAUGGAUCAUGAGAUUGGAGAUCCCGGGAGUCAGAGAACACGAUAUGCGACAGUACAGCUGCGUAGCAAAGAAUGAAUUGAAUAACCAAACUGUUAUGGGACACAUAAAACUGCAAUAUCCAGGGCCCAACCAACAGAUGACAGUGCAACAGCCAAUGGAGUUCGGCUCUAGACCCCCUCUCCUUACCUCCUACGAGGAAUUAUGCCAGGUUCAACGCUGCCCAUCCUGUCCAAGAUGUGAUCGCGCACAACUGCUUAUCACAACAAUUAACGGCACCGCUGGACAUAAACCUAGGAGGAACACGAAUUGUCAACUUUAUGCGAUUGGUAAGCCAGUUUACCACCGCUUCAAGGAAGAGCUUUUUGGAGCGUGGUUAAGAGAUUCGGAUGCCAGUGAUAGCCAGAGAGAAAAGUUGUGGACUACUAAGGAAAACGAUGUGGAACGCUUACGGGAGUACAAGAGCAAAACCUCAUUCAAGGCAGACCACGUCGACGAGUUUCACAAACUCCAGAAACCUUUCUUUGGAAACGGACAUAUUGUCUACAGCGGAUCAUUCUUCUACCAAGCAAAUGAAUCCGGCCAUCCGGGCGAAAUCAUCCGGUACGACUUGACCCAGAGCCGGAUCAAAUCUGUGCAUCUGCCGCAUGCUGCUGGACGACUCUACUCUGCUCAGCACAACCAGGUGGAUUUCAGUGCGGACGACAACGGACUUUGGGCGAUAUAUUCUAUUGAAAAUUCUAACAAUACCGCAGUAGCUAAGCUCAGUUUCGAUCCAAGCAAAGAUGGUCUUAAUAUUGACUACAUAUGGAAUAUUUCACUAAACCAUAAACAGGUUGGAGAAAUGUUUAUAGUGUGUGGUGUGCUGUAUGCUCUAGACUCAGCAACGGAACGAGAGAGCAAAGUGUCUACAGCUAUAGACCUGUACCUGAAUAAGCAGCUGGAGAUAUCCUUGCAAUUUACCAACCCGUUCAGGAAGACCACGCAGCUCGGUUAUGAUAAUACGCACAAGGCAAGUUUUACCUCUAAAAAUUUACAUAGCAAUUUUGGCGGCACAUUCGCCAUUUACAUUUUUAUUCGUUGGUAA